UUUUCAUCCUCCAUUCCCUCCCAUGGAGCGUCGCAAAGUGCGGCGCCGGGACGCGGACCUCUUCGUGGAGGAUGAAACGGAGCUCUUCCGCGAUGCGCUUCGAGCAGGGCAGACGCAGAAGGUGAAAGAAAUGCUGGCGGAGGUCGCUGAGGAGGAUGCCUCCGUUUGGUGCCGUGAGCCACUGGACGUCUAUGGUCGCAGGGCCUUGCACCAUGCCAUGAUGGCCCCGCAUGAGGCGCAGAUGCAGCUGAUCCGGCUCCUUGUGAGCGGCCGGGCAGACCCCAACGCUGGUGACGAGGAAGGCAUUGCGCCGCUGCAUUUGGCAGCGCAGCGGGCCUCGAAGUUUACCAUCAGGACCCUGCUGUGUGCCCGGGCGGACAACCAGCAGCGCAGCCGCGAUGGGCGCUCCACAGUGGACUUUGUGCAGCUGAAUCCGCUACCGGUGGAGAUCUUUGAAGUGCUGGGCUGGCCUGGAAAGGGCCCGCGUCAGAACCCGUUGGACCGCAACGACGCCAGCGCGUCAGAGAAACCAUCGACACUGGAGCAACAUCCUCCAGUGGAAGCUGAGGAGUCUGGCUGGUCACAGCUGCUGCUUCCGUUGAUGGCGGCGUUGCUAUGGUUUAGCUUCUUGGGCCUCGUAUCCUACUUGGUGAUCUACUAUAUUUGAAGCAGCACAAAGUGGACACCGCAGGGACACCGCAGGGACACCGCAGGGACCGCAGGGACGCCGUUGUCUUCUGCCGUGGUGCCAUGCUGUCGUGGACGUGAUGAACAGUGUGGGGUUUACAGCAGCUGUUGUGCUGUCGGAAAGAAGC